AUGGGUCACAAAAAGCCACUCGUUUGUAACGCUCUGUUCGAAGGGAAGCCUAUCGUGGCGGUCGAAUGCAAGGUCUUCGAGGACUUCGACCAACCUCUCAUGGGCAUACGUCUAUGGUUCGCCGAGAUCAACCGACAGAUCAUUAUCGGGGUGCCAUACUUUAUGGAUGAACCUUUUGCAACUCAUGGUCGUGACGCCUGCACCAAAGACUGGGGGAAGGAGUGGCACCAAGAGGCAAUCGAUGCCUGCCAGGAAGCUGGAUUCAAGGUUGCAGGGGACAACUAUUAUUAUUUCUACGGAAACAAACAGGAGGUUCUACGCAGGCUUGCUAAUUUCUUCGAACGGACUGGGGACCGCGCUGUAAGCCAGGGGCAUGAUAAUUACAAGUGGUGGGGUCACCUUUCUGCUGCGCUGGUCGGCCACGCUCUGGAAGACGCGGAUGGGGGUUGGUACGACGCGACAUAUGCCAAUAUGGACGAGGACAAAAGGGCCAAGGCUGACCAAGUUGAGGAGAAACUGGCGGGUGGAUAUCAGAGAAUGGGAGACGGACGGAUUAUCCAAAGAUGA